AUGCCGCCUUCUUCUUCUUCUUGUGACAUGAAAGAUCUUGUGUGUGUGACUCAUCUCGUGCUGUUGCAGGUCUGUUCGUUUCAGCCUGUUUCACUGUAUGAGAACUGCUCCAUCACAGAAGAAACUGCAGCUCCACCUGCAGACUCAGUGGUAUCUGAGGUCAGUGCUGAACGGUGUCUCUCUGAUACACGGAUCCAGGACCUGAUCCAGGAGGAAGGCUGGUUCCACGGCAGGUUAGGAAGGGAGCAGGCGGAGUCACUUCUCACCUGUAGUGGGGAUUUCCUGGUCAGAGAGAGCAGCUCUGCCUCUGGUCAGUACGUACUCAGUGGGAUGGAGGGAGCCACCGUGCGCCACCUGCUGCUGGUGGAUCCAAAUGGACAGGUGCGGACCCGUGAUCAGGUGUUUCUGAGCGUCGGUCACCUGGUGCGUUUCCACAUGGACAACCAGAUGCCCAUCGUCUCUGGCAGCAGUGAGCUGUGUCUGAACCAGCCAAUCCUACAAAGACACUAGCACACACAGUCACAGCAUGCAUACAUUCAACACGUUUUCAUCCCAACUCAUCACAUACCGCCGCAUUGUCACGCUCCAUGGCGUUACACUCCUUGCCGUCGCUUUAUUUUUGGCAUCAAAACCACUAUAGUUAAUCCUUGGCGUCACUUUAGGAUUAGGCAACAAAGCCGCUAUAGUAGGAAGGGUAGGGUGGUAGGUUUAGGAACGAAAUACGUGGUUGAGCUUAAAACUACUACGUUCGUACAGUGAAAAAACGUGACCUAUGGGACACGAACAGCGGUCUCCUGGAUGAUAGCCCUGUGUUUGUUGGACCCAUCCACCUCCCUUUUCCAGCCGUCCGGUGUGUCUCUUUUUGCUCUUUAAACUACGUCAUUGUAGUGAAUGGAACACCAGUGUGUUUCAAGCUGGCGCUAAGGGGUGCCUUGUACGACGGUAUCGAGCGCCGAUGGCUGUAACAAAAGCCUCGUUAUUUGACGCCCUGGGAUGCAUUAGCCUUCAGCAGCGGUUCUCAGUGGUUUUGGAGUUGAGGCACAAUGUGCCCAAGCAAAAAACUUUAAACCGUUCAGCACUUUUAGCUGCUUUAAAAUGUUAAAUCAACCAAGUCCUGUCAACAUGUGAGACAUGACUUCAUAUAUUACGGUAUAAACUGUAUGUGCAGUAAAUUCUAACUCUUGUGCACACUGUGCCUCGCCCUGUGCUGAGAACAGCCGCUGGCCAGCAGAACAUCCUCUCUCUCUCUCUCUCUCUCUCUCUCUCUCUCUCUCUCUCUCUCUCUCUCUCUCUCUUUCUCUCUCUCUCUCUCUCUCUCUCAGGCUGAGUUUGCUGGUGUUUACUCAAAGUCUAAGCACAAUCACUGGUGUCAGGAGGAAAUAACCAGAACGUUGGCAGACUUUCAGAAUCUUUUCUUGACAUGCUAAAUUUGUCUUGUGUUCAUUUGUUUUUGAUUUGUUAUUUCUUUGCGUCCCCAUUUCCCAUGCUUGACUUUUCAAUCCCAUUUAUUUGUUACAUUCUGAAUAUGGAUUAAAAUGCUCUUUGUAACCAGGAUCUACAGAAACAGAUUUGCAGUUUAGUCUCAGAUAAGAUGGCAAAUAUGCAAAUAGUAAUGUUUUUGUUCACCAUGAAGUGUAAUCAAAUACAUCUUCAGUUCUUUUACAGAAUGGAUUACCGGA